GUCGUAUUCGCCGUUUCCAAUGCGCAAAAGACCAUGAAUUAUAGGUCUCCCUUUUUAUAGAUAGGGCAGAGUACGCUUAAAUUUCAAUCGUCGGGAAUGCUUUCGUACGACCGUGUUCGACAAAGAAGCUGAUGCAUGCUCCUUAUCAGUUCUUCGCCGCCGUAUUUGAAUAGCUCGGCCGGUAAUCCAUCGGCCACCGCCGCUGUGUUGUUCCUCAGAUGGGUAAAUGCUAUUUGAAAUUCUUCAUGGUCGGGCAAUGGAACUCGCUUCAUCGUCAUCGACUGAGGAAUCGGGUUCACCAUUUCCUGGUGUUAAGCUUUCGCCGCUAUUCGCCAAGUUGGAGAAAUGUUCCCUUCAUAGUUUCAGUACGCUCUAGGCAUCACUCACUAGAUCACUUCUGGGAUUUUUACAAGGGUAUGCUCCGGUCUUGAAACCUAUCGGACGUAUUACCCCUGUCGGCCAGCUUGACAAGCUCUUUGAACUCUAGCAUUGAGGCCUCUCUCAGGUAACUAUAUCUUUUGCGCUUUUGUUUAACUUCGCUCCACUCACUCAAGUAAUUCGAGUCUCGAAACUAUUUUAAAUCAAUUUUCUUUCACAAUUUUUUCACAGAAAGUGAUGAUUUCUGUGUUUGAUUCUAAAUUUUCAUAGAAAAAUUUGAAGUUUCGGUAUUUUUUAUCAUAUCAAAAAUUUAGCUGAAUGAUUCAGUCAUUCAUUCAGUUACUGCCCUCCGUACCGCUCGGCCCAUAACCGCGUGUGCAAGUAGACGAUUUACCAAAGCAUUUCGGCCAACAAUAUAGGAAUUAUAAUACACGAAGGAAGACAAUUAAAGAUAAACAUAAUUUUACCAAUAAAAAUAUAUUUUACGAAAUACGGACUGUAAUUAAAAAUAAGCCAACCAACCACUCUUUGUGCAAACGGUGUAUAUAAUGUCUUUUGAAGAAACGCCCUACCAAGAACUCGAUAUACCUUGGGACCAAGCAGCCGAUAAAAUACAAGUACAAGCAGAAUCAGCAACCGAAGAAGAACCAAGCACAUCACAGCCACAAAACGGCUGCAAGCCAACACUGCCAACACCAGCAAGCGCAGAAGGCGCCGCUCCACUUCGCCACAAUCCCUUUACAUUACCGCUGCAGCCAUUCCAGAGCAGUUGCAGCAGUCAGACACUUUUUCCACCACCACCAAUUUCACAAGCGCGUCAACUAUCGCUCCAACUCACAUCACAGCUUCCGUCCACCAGCAAACAAUCCAACUUUGCAAAUAAGCUCCAACCAAAUCCAGAAACCUAUAACCUAGUUCAACAGAUUAUACAAACCGUCGGUGAAUUAGAGAAUACCAUACUUGAGGAUCGACAAAACGAUUUCCAUUUGCGCAUGGCAUACGAACGCCAAACAGAGAAGCUGAAGGAUAUGUGCCAGUCAUUGGAUAAUGAGAAGGCACGUAAUGUGCGGCUGAUGGAGCUAAUACGCGGUGUGGACGGCUGCUCAGCAACUGAGGAUGAGGAGCCAGAAAAGGCGGUCUCGCGUUGUUGUGUCACGGAGCGUUGGUCUUGCUCAUCCGAAGCAUUCGAAUCGAUAAGUCCGCUGCUAAUGCAACAAAGAUAUGAUGAACUUUCCAUUUCAUACAAGAAAUGCCGUCGACAACUCAUAAAGAAGGAAAAGCUGCUACAAUUGAGUCGUUGUGAAACGGAAACCGCAAAAGCGCGUUACGACAAUCUUUUUGAUGAAUAUCUCAUAUCACAGAAACGUUUCGAAGAAGUAUGCUUCAAGUAUCUACAAUUUCAGGCAAGAAAGAAUUUAGAGAUUCAACGUCUCCGCGAUGCGCUCAACAAUGCCGGCGAAUGUAUCAUGAAUGCGCAACAAUUAAUCGAUUGUUUGGAUGAAGAGACGAUCACAUUAUAUGCCAAUCAAAAUAUGAAAAACUUAUAUGAUGACAAUAACAAUAGCAACAACAACGACACGGAAACUAACGAAACGGACUGUAUAAGAGAGUUUAAGCAAAAUUUAGAGUUAUUUGUGAAGUCCUUGCGUCUCUGCCCGAGGGUACAACAGCACAAUAAUAUUGUACGUGAAAACAGCGAAAGUCAGCAAUGAAUUUCACGUUUAACAGUUAGCAGUUAUACUAUAUACGAACUGAGUGUGUCCAAUAUUGGAAAAAAUUUUGUGAAGAGAAAAUAUAUAUUUUAUAUAAAUUUAUAUUUGCUACACGCUUUUA